AGGGGCACUGGCACCAAGAGGCCUCACACAGCGGCUUGGAUAGUGUCCCGGUGCCCAACCAAUGGAAAGUGCAAAGGGUGGCACCACGGGGCAGAGAGACCAGACCUGGCCCAGGACUCCUAUAAGCAGGGACGUCUCUUCGCUGCCCACGUCGGGAUGGCGGCGACGGUGAGCGUGGAGCCCGCGGGCCCCUGCUGCUGGGACGAGCCGGUGCGCAUCGCCGUGCGCGGCCUGGCCCCCGAGCAGCCGGUCACGCUGCGCGCGUCCCUGCGCGACGAGAAGGGCGCGCUCUUCCGGGCCCACGCGCGCUACUGCGCCGACGCCGGCGGCCAGCUGGACCUGGCGCGCGCGCCCGCGCUGGGCGGCAGCUUCGCGGGGCUCGAGCCCAUGGGGCUCCUCUGGGCCCUGCAGCCCGACAGGCCCUUCUGGCGUCUGACCAAGCGGGACGUGCAGACGCCGCUGGCCGUGGAGCUGGAGGUGCUGGACGGCCACGCCCCGGAGCCCGGGCAGCUCCUGGCCCGCGCGCUGCUGGAGCGCCGCUUCCUGCCGCCGGGGGUGCGGCGCCAGCCGGUGCGCGCAGGCCGGGUGCGCGCCACGCUCUUCCUGCCGCCAGGGACAUUACUGCGGAUCCGACGCUGAUACCGCUUUGGGUGAGGAAAACACGUGCCCCGGGCGCUCGGCGCGCCGUCACGCGCCCGACCGCUCCGCGUCACCAGCAGCCGCCCGGCCGCCCGGAGCCGCGCGGGAGGACCCCGGCGGCCGCCACGCCGUCCCACAAUGCUCCGCUCAGGCCUCCCUGCGGGCGGAGAGAAAGGACCGCUGCCGGCGUAGGCCUCCGCGGAGGGCUCCGAGGACUGCGCACGCGCACUGACCCCGGCGGGCCCUAGCAACCAGAGCAGUGACAGUAGCAACGGGCGGAAUGG